AUGUGGAUUCUUGAAUCCAAUGGAGACUUCCUCCAGGGAAAGCGAAUGUGGCUGAAGCCUGGUCAGAAAUAUCUCUUUGGUCGUGUCAAAAGAGAAGGCGUUCGUUUUGCCAUUGAUCAUAAAACUGUCUCAAGAAAACACUUCAUAAUUCAUGUCGACCCCGUCAAAAGUGGCGAUGUCGCCCAGAUUCAUGCAAGGACCAAAAUUCGCAUCGAGGACCAAAAUUCAAAGACUGGCACCUCCGUUAAUGGUGUACUCAUCAAGAACUCCGCGAAGGAGUUGAAAAGUGAGGAGAAUUCUGUCAGGCCCGGCACAUGUCCUCAUGAAAUCAUCAUCAGGUGGCAACCAUGUGUUCUGACAUUCAACUUGCUGAAGAAAGAGGUCAAGUCAGGUCUUCUGAAGCUGAAGCAAGCCAGGGUGGAGGCAUUUGGUAUAAAGGCCACCAGCGACUUCAUCUCUGAACAUACCACCCACGUCGUGGCGAACAAAAGAAACACUGCCAAAGGACUACAGGCCUUGAUCACUGCCAGAUAUAUCGUUUCUGAAUCCUACAUUGAUGCCCUGGAAUAUGCCACCACUCCAACCAACCUGAGUCAAGAAGAAAAUCUGUCUCCUCUAGAACUCGACUUUGACACCGCCUGGCCCAAUCCCGAUGAUCACCUGCCACCUCCAGGUAAAGAACCUACCGUUAGGCCUGUCGCAUUCUAUCGCCCAGAUCCAUCGCGAACCAAUGUAUUUGAAGGUUAUACCUUCGUCUUUGGUGAUCAAACUCAAUACGAUAAUUUAUUACCUGUCGUCACCAGUGGCCACGGUAAAGCAAUUCUGUUCAAGGUGAUCAACGGUGAAUCAUCCGGAGAUGAUUUACUGCAAUUUUUGCGCGCUGCUUCGGGCAGUAAGGACAACGACCAUUUUCAACGCGAGGAUGGAGCGGGUGUCGUUUUGGUGCGGUGGACUGGCAAGGAUGAUAUUCAGGAAUGGACAAACAACCUAGUCAAUGAGGUUGCCGUGAAAAUGGACCAGCGUGCUAUCGAUCAAUCCGAAUUCUUAGACGCCAUCUUGGCCAAUGAGGCAGGCCAAUUGAAACAAAUUAUACCAUUCGAGAGCACAAAUGAAGGACGAGUUGCUCCGCCACCGUCCGCCGCCAGCUCUCUGACUAAUAAAGAGCACUCUGAAGCCGAACGUAAUAGCUUGCCGGCCCAAAAAGCUACCAAUGGGCGUAUUCCGCAAAGUGCCGACGCCUCAGCUUCGAGGGAGAAGCCUGUUACGGAGACAGUACCUUCCCAAGCCGUGUCCGAAAACAUUUCGCAAGUCAGUGUCGAUGAUGAGCCAGCACCUCGUCCAUAUCGAAGACCUCGGUUCACCCAAACCAAGAAAUUCAAAUUCGAUGAUGAUUUUGACCCCGAUUCAAUCGCUGAAUACAAAGAAGAUGACCAUGUGGCUGAAAAACCACAUAUUUCGGACCGUGAUAGUCCCAUCAGGAACCGAGAUCAGUUAUCAAUCAUAAAAGAAGAACCUCAAAGCACUUCCAAGAAACGACCGCGUCCUUCCGCGGAGGAACCCGAGGACACUUUCGCCGACGAGAUGGAUGAUCUUCUCCCAGCCGCCACUGCCUUCAAAAAGCGCAAAUUAGCUGAAGCCCAAGCCAACGGACAGUCUCCCGUUGUUGGAAUAGUAGAACCAUCACCAGUUCCCGCCAAGAAAAAGAAGAAAGAACGAGAACUUGAUGUCCGCAAAGCCCUAGGUCUUCAGCGAGAGGAGGAACAAGAAGCUGCCCGACGAGAAGAAGAGUCUCUCAGACGCGCAGGCGAUAUCGAAGACACGGGACCCGCACAUCUAGUCGAGGUUGUUACCAUGGACCUGCCCGUGCGCGACAAGACCAAGAAGCAGCAUUUGCGCAAUGGGGAACUCGGGGAGUCCUGGGAUCCGAGAUGGAACGGCCGCAAGAAUUUCAAAGGAUUUCGUCGUAUAGGUGACGCACCGCAGCGAAGAGGCCAUGCUUCCAAAGUCAUCGUUCCUCUCGUCGAGAUCAAGCGCCAAACGUACGGGAUCGGAGAGCAAUACUGGGAUAAGUCGCAGGAAGAGAAAGAUCUUGAGCGUGAGAGGAAGCGGCGGGAAGAGGCGAAGAUGCAUAGAAUGCAAAGCCAGGCUCAGAGGGCAAGUGGCGCAAGUACUGCGAAGUCAAGAUCCACCGCAAGAGUCAUGUUGGACGACGACGACGACGACGACCACGAUGACCCUGACGCCGAUGAUGAGCCAUCGACGAGCCCCGCCACAAUGCGUCCCCAUCGCGAAGCUGCAGAGAUCCUCGACCGCGAAAUUAACAUCGACACCCCUCGCCGCACUCGUGGUGCAGACAGGCGGGCAAUGACGCAAAGAGCAUUAUCCCGGACACAAACGCAGACACAAGCCUCCAAACCUAGUCUUCCGUCGGCGAAGGCCAUGGGAAAACGCCCUGCCACAGCGAUGUCUCUGACGGCAGCUGCGCCAAAGCGGCAGAAAACCCUCCCUGUGACCGUCAUCCGCGGCAGCGACAGCGAAGAGGACGACAGUGAUGAUAUGAAGUUCAAAUUUGGAAGUCGUGCGCGCAGGGGGAGGGGAGCGAGAGGCAGAGGGAGAUUGUGA